AUGGAGCCUCGGAUUGAUGAGGAGCUAGAGGUCUUGGACCUCGGUCCGCGUCAGAGGUCAUUGUUGACACGACAGCCAUAUCAUCGAUCAGAGGCCAUUUGGAAUGGCGAGGACUCGGGCCCCCUUACAUGCCGUGGUCGCACUAAGGAGAUGGCAAACGUUCAGAUGCAAGAUAAUCGAGUCAUUGACAUUAUCAAAUUGCUAAGGCUAGAAGGAUUGUUUAGAGCCUCUUCAAGAGAGGUAGAUAAUUGCCUAAUAUCGGCCCUAGUUAAGCGAUGGCGGCCGGAGACUCAUACUUUCCAUCUUCCACAUGGUGAGAUGUCAAUCACCCUACAAGAUGUGAAGGUAAUUUUCGGACUUCCUAUAGACAGUGACGUCUUGGUUGGGCCGACUGCUGUGGUGGAUGAUGGGGGUUGGAGGCAACUGUGUACGGAGUUGCUUGGUUUUACUCCACCGAAUGACAAUAAAACUUUGGUGGGGCAAAGAAUUCUCAUCAGCCGACUUGUUGAGGCCGUUGCAGCGCCAUUGCCUCAUGACGCAACGGAGAUGCAGAUACACCGGUAUGCCCGGUGCUAUAUUUUAGCGCUAAUAGGGGAUAAACUUUUCAUGGACAAGUUAGGAGAUAGGGUGCAUCUGAUGUUCCUGGACUUCAUGCGUAACCUUCGUGAUCCGCCACAGUAUAGUUGGGGUAGUGGUUGCCUGGCCUGGUUAUACAGGGAGUUGUGUCGGGCAAGCGAGAAAGGGGCAUCGCAGAUUGGUGGGGCGUGCACCUUGGUCCAGUAUUGGGCAUGGGCAAGGUUGCCAUUCUUGUGCCCGAGGAUAGAGCCCCCACUUGGAUGUGAUUAUGGCCCAUGGCCAUAUGCUCCACUUGCAUUUAAGUAA